AUGUCUUCUCCCAUCCGUAUCGCCUCUGUUGGCUGUGGCCACGGCGCACUGAAUGAGAUAUAUCAUAAUCUCUCAGUUGAAAUGGCCAAGCGCUCUUGGGAUUCCGUGGACUGUGUCAUAAUUGGCGGUGACUUCCAGUCACUACGGAACAGUAAUGAUGCCACUUGCAUUUCAGUUCCACCAAAGUACAAGUCAAUGGGAGACUUCCAUGAGUACUACUCGGGACAGCGCGUUGCGCCUGUCUUGACCAUUUUCUGUGGCGGUAACCACGAGGCUGGCAACUACUUGUUCGAGCUUUACUACGGCGGCUGGGUUGCCCCCAAUAUUUACUAUCUCGGCGCUGCCAAUGUCCUCCGCCUCGGUCCUCUCCGUAUUUCUGGUAUGUCGGGAAUUUGGAAGGGCUACGACUAUGGCAAGUCGCAUUAUGAGCGCUUGCCUUAUAACGACGAGGACGUUCAGAGUAUUUAUCAUACCCGCGAAAUCGAUAUUCGCAAACUGCUCCAAGUACGUACCCAGGUUGACAUCGGUUUGUCUCAUGACUGGCCCCGUGCUAUCGAGAAGUCGGGAGACUCCGCGGCCCUUUUCCAGAAGAAAAAACAUCUGCGUGACGAUUCUAUUCACGGUCGCCUCGGCAGCAAAGCUGCUCGCGAUGUCCUAGAUCGACUUCGCCCAGCCUACUGGUUCUCGGCUCACCUCCACGCGCGUUUCGCUCUUACCAUGGGUCAUGAUGGUACUGCUAUCCAGAAGACCGAGCCUUCAUGUGACGAGCCCCUCGAAUGGCGUUACGCUGGUGUUGCUGCACCCGUCACUCCUGUCAAGGUCAAGCCCAGCCCCAAUAAGCAGCCCAGUCCAGCCCCGGUGGUUGGCAAUCCUGCAGACAGUGUUCAAUCUCAUCUGGCAGCAUGGCAGACCUCUGGGGCAAAGGACGCGGCUGAGGAACUCCAGGUUCAGAAUGACGACGAGAUCGCCUUAGACAGUGGCUCCUCGGCCACUGGCUCGCCACCUGCCAAGCGAGCCGUGCCUGCAGCGUUGGACAGUAUCUGCGAAAGCAAGACUAUCAUGAAGGAUACAAUCCCAGAAAGCAUCCGCAACAAGCUGCCUACAAGCCUCGCAGCCCCGGUCGAUUCGAUCCCGGAGGCGAUCCGCAGUAAACUACCAGCCAGCCUCACUCAGCCACCUCGGCGGCCAGAGACCCCGAAGAUGAGCCACCCAGAGGCCAUCAAAAACCGGGUCACCAAGUUCCUGGCUCUUGACAAGCCAGGUGGCCAUGGUCCUUAUCUCGAGCUAGUCGAGGUGAAACCUAUCUCUGACCAAACGAACACCAACUUUGAGCGCCCCUUCCGCCUUCAGUACGACAAAGAAUGGCUGGCAAUUACACGUGCCUUUGCCCAGGAUCUCCAACUCGGGGAGUUCAGAGCAAAUGUUCCCGCUAAUCUGGGCGAAGCAGGAUAUCUCCCGUCAAUCCUGGAGGCAGAAGCAUGGGUUGAGAAGAACGUCGUGGAGCAAGGGAAGUUGGAUGUCCCAUACAACUUUGUCCGCAUCGCUCCGGUAUUCGACCCAUCCGUGCCGGUCACCACUAUCGAUGCCCCGCCUGAAUACCCCAAUCCGCAGACAGCGGAGUUCUGUAAACUCGUGGGCAUCGAGAACAAGUUCGCCCUUUCGGACGAGGAAUUGGCGACUCGCCUGGCCCAAGGGCCCCGCCCUAACUCCCGUUCGAAUUUCGACCCGAGCCACCGUCGGGGCGCUCGAGGUCGUCGUCAGGCGCGUGGUGGUCCGCGUGGUGGUCCGCGCGGUGGUGGUCAGAGAUUUGGCUGA